AUGGAGUAUGGAAAUGGGUACCGAAAAGGAAACAUGAGCAAGGCUCUACCUCUGAGGAGUCAUCUAGUGGAAAUACUGAAAGAUCACUGCUUGAACGUGAACUUGAACUCUGUGAUACGAUUGGAACCCAGUAAAAAGUCUGAGUUUGAUUUCCUCUACUUGCCUAUGGAUUUCAAGGAGUUCUGGAAAAACAAGAGGAUCUCUAACCUGGGAUAUGCUUUCGUGAAUUUCACCUCCUCUGAUGCUGCACUCAAAUUCUAUGAGCAGUUCCACAAGUUUGAGUGGCCGGUGCCGGAAAACAGAAAGAUAUGUGUGAUUACUUGCGCCAAAACCCAGGGCAAGGAAGCUCUAACCAAGAGAUUCAAGAGAAAGAUCUUUUGGUGUCACAGCAAUGAUUAUCUACCAGUUAUUUUAGCACCUCCUUGUGAUGGUGUUAAAGUUUCCAGUUUGGUGACGGUUGGAAAACUCGCCGGCCGGCCAAAGAUUCAGUGGAAGAAGAGAUCGGGCUAG